AUGAUCCUGGCAACAGCCGGGCCUGGCUCUGCUUAUGACCAAGACCGGAUCAACAAUAUCGUGGCCUGGGUUAGCAACGGUGAUGAAGAACUCAGCAGUCGCCUUGGGUUCUCUGUGCUCCGCUUUCUGCAGCAGCUGCGGGACGAACCACCAGCAUGGACACAGAGACAAGGGCGGCAGGCGGCUCGUCGACGACGACGAGCAAAUCGUGCGAACCCACAAGGAGCUUCAGGCUCUGAGGAUUUGGCGGAAGAUCCCGGAGGUGAAGCCCCUGAAGACGAUCCGGACGAACCAGUGGAUGUUCACGAAGAGUCACGGGAAAGCGACGACGAUAUCGGCGAUUUGCCAUCUGUACCUCCAGUGUCUCGCACCUUUAUUAACUACCGCCAAGGUCAGCAGGACCCUCGCAAAUGUUGUUCGGAGCCAGCGAAUCGAGCGGAUCGGAGGGAGCCGGCAGACGGCUCGGAGGCGGAGAUGGGGCGCACCGUGACGCACAAGGAGGAAGAGUGGGACGAAGAACGAAGGGACACUGAGCGAGAGGCUCGGCGAGAGUCUCUCAGAAAAAUUGUGCACUUCUUCCUCGGUGAACUGAAGGAUGCGGAGAUAUCCAAGAAGGCUACCUGGAUGAAGGAGGUGGCUCAGCGGCUUUCAGACGCAAGCGAGAAGGAUUACGACCUUCACCUCAAGAGGCAGGUGAUCGAAGCUUUCGUUCGUCAUGUUCCCGAGCUGCAUGAGCUGCAUCCGAGGGCAGUGCCCGAAAUCCUGGACACGCUCUGCUCCUUGAGUGGCUCUACCUUCCUGGAGGACAUCUCCCUGCAGAGCUGGGGGCUGCGUGUUGCUUGCGCCGAAGCCUGGGCGCGCUAUUGCGAGGGCUCGGCGAAGUACAUGGACACCGAAGCCAUCAGGUCUACAAUGCGGCUGCUGACGGAGGAUUCGACAGACGAUUCCACAAACUUCGAGGAGAUGUUCGAGCCUGUGAUCUCUGCCAUGCGCUCGCUGAUAUGCGGUCAUCGCCACUCCUUCAAGAAUGACUUUGUGCAGGAGACUGGCCAGUGGCUGUUGCUUCAGAUGUGGAAUCUCCU